AUGAAACCUGGCACAGCCCCCGGACCUGAUUUUAUAUCAGCAGACUUUCUUCGGGCUGGUGGCCAUCCGCUUCAUGUAAUCUUAGCAGCGCACAUGACAUCCUAUCUUCAGAAAGAAAGGAUCCCAGACCAGUGGAAGACUUCGCGAACCGUUCUUAUCCAUAAGAAAGGUGACCGAGAGGACCUUCGGAACUACCGUCCGAUAAGCUUGCUGAGCGUGUUAUACAAAGUAUUCACCAAGAUCAUCCUCACACGCAUAGCUAGGACGCUGGAUGAAGCCCAGCCUCAAGAACAAGCUGGAUUUCGUCAGGGGUUCAGCUGCUUGGACCACAUCCAGACCGUGUCGAGGGUCAUAGAGGUUUGCCAGGAAUACUGCCUGCCCCUUGCCUGCUUUUCCACCGCCCUCUCACCAUACCCAUUGGAAAUGGGGUACGACAAGGCGAUACUAUAUCGCCGAAGCUGUUCACAGCUGCAUUGCAAUGGAUAA